AUGAUUGCACUGGUUUACCUUACACUUUCUGGCUUUCUCCAGGUUCUCACUCAGACCACGGACUCCGAGCUGAACACACAACCCAUCCGAAAGCGUCUUAACACACGGCAUUCGUACAAUAAAGCAAAAAUGGCCAGCACUUUGUCUCGCGUUCUUCCCCGUCUCGUCUCUUCCCUGCACACCACGCCCAUCCUCAGCCGCCCACGCCCUCACAAGGCCCUCGCCAGGACCAUCACCAGCUUCCACGGCCUGCAGGGUCUCGCGCAGCCAUGGCGGGUACCGACGGAAGAGGCUCCUGAGCUGGUGGAGAGGGGGAACUGGCGCUGCACUUGGAGGCCCUCCAGCGCUGGCACGACGAGGCCGAGCUCCUAAGGGAGGUGCGAGUCCUUCCUCCGGGCGUUGACGACCAGAUCAACCUCGAGGCAGAGACUCGAGGCCAAGUCAAGGACCUGAUGGAGAGUCUGAUUGAGGAGGAAAUCCUGGACAUCCGUCGG